AUGAUGCUAAUAAUACUAAGUGCUACGCCGGCGGCUCAUGGGCAUGUCCGUCGGAGCACCAUCGGAAAAGGACCCAACGAACUUAGAAGCUGGUACAGAAAACUCCCUCACAUGAAACAGAAAGUAACCGAGCUUCAUUUCUACCUACACGACGUCGUUUCCGGCCCUCACCCGACCAACAUUCCGAUCGCCACGGCCAACUCCACCGCCACGUCACCCACCUUUUUCGGCCUCAUAGCUGCCAUGGACGACCUCCUGACGGUGGGUCCCACCCGGAACUCGACAACCGUGGGCCGGGCGCAGGGGCUGUUUGGGUCCACAUCCCUAGACGAGAUCGGCUUCCACAUGACGUUCAAUAUAGUCUUCACCGCCGGAAAGUACAACGGCAGCACGCUCAGCUUGGCCGGACACAACCCUUUCUUGGACGAGUUCCGUGAGCUGCCGGUUGUCGGCGGCUCAGGAGUUUUCAGGCUGGCGCGUGGCACGGCCUUGUUGGAUACGGUGUCGUAUAAUAUGACGUCCGGUGAUGCUAUUGUGGAGUACGAUAUCAUGGUGCUGCAUUAUUAACUGUUUAACAUUA